GUAGAUCCAGCACUCAUGUACAAGGGUAAAAUGCGUUUCGAAACUCUCCUGUUUUUGGCAUUAGCCUGCUGCACCGUUUGUUGGGUGAAGGCCGACAAUCUAAUUGAUGAUUAUGCAAGGGAACUUGGCGACAAGACGGCGGAGGAAAUAAAUCAGAUAGCUUUUGAAGAGAGGGAUCGUCAAAUCAGUACUUUCGCGCGAGAAUCAUUAGACGCCCAUAACCAAUACCGCCGUAAACACGGUGCUCCAGCGCUAUUCGUCUGCCCGAGACUUAACAAAGUGGCGCAGGCGUAUGCCGAAACGAUUGCAAAGAAAGACACAUUGGUUCACAGCAAUAAUGGCUUUGGAGAGAACCUUUUUGCUUCGACGGGAAGGGAACCAAACGGGAGAGAGCCUGUGACUGCGUUUUACAACGAAAUCCAAAAAUACGAUUUUAAUUCACCUGGGUUCUCUAUGGAGACAGGUCACUUUACCCAAGUAGUUUGGAAAGCCACAAAGAUGGUGGGUGUCGGAAAGGCUAAGAGUAGCAGAGGCACAACUUAUGUCGUUUACAACUAUUAUCCACCUGGUAACUACGAAGGCCAAUUCGCUGCCAAUGUUCUACCAGCACAGUGAUGGAAUCGUUUUCCACACUGGAUAACGCGAUUGUAAGCAUUACUUUGUCAAUAAAGUCACAUAACUACUAAGGGCAAUAAAUGUGCUCUUGAGCAAAUGUGGUAAAAGAUAAAAUACAUUUUUCAAGCAUUA